AUGUCCUUCUCAUCUCACUCAUACCGCGAGUGCUGCAGGGCACAAAGCGUUUCUCCGCCUACCUACUCACCUCUUGAACUUGACCAAAUCCGGGUAUUGCGGAUUUUACCCACAAUUAUACCCGGUAGGAGCGGUCACUACCACCAAAAUGGCAGGCAAAACGAUUGCGAACAGGAGGACUGCAGAGCCCUUACUGAGAGCAUGUUCGAAACAGUCUUGUUGCAAAACUUUGAAUCGGGCAGAAGUUUACCCCAAGAAUGUUGUAGGGAUGGAUCUGUUUGUAUCGAGUGUGACAUGAUACAGUGCGAGCUUGUUACUGUUUCGUUGGAAGAGUACUCAGGCGCUUUCGAUGCACUGUCCUAUAUGUGGGGCUACACGGAUACCAAAGAGCGGAUCAAGAUGGACAGCAAGACAAUCGAGGUAACGUUGAAUCUAGAGGCAGCCUUGCGGAGAGUCAGAAAUAUGGAGAAGGCGAAGCUUCUAUGGGUGGACGGUCUGUGCAUUAACCAGCAGGACGUCGAAGAGAAAAAUGUCCAGGUUAUGCGCAUGAAGAAUAUAUAUACAAGGUGUGGAAGGGUGCUUGUCUGGCUGGGCGAUGCAUUGAUAGACGAAAGCUUAGAUGGCAAGAAUGAGGUCGACAAUGCAGUCAGGGCUAUAUCUUUCCUGAAAAAAGCACACAAAAUCGCGCGGGGUAAAGACAUGGUCGGCAAACCGGAUUAUCACACGAUGUUCAUGAGCAGAAUGACGGUCACAGUGCCUUUUAAAGAUCCAAGCACGGUUGGUCUUCCCGUAUUUGGUGCUCCGGAGUGGGUGUACUUGAGCAAAUUCUCAAGUAGGCCAUGGUUUGGUCGCGUUUGGAUCAUCCAGGAAGCAUCAGGGACAAAUUGGUUUAUAGCUUAUGCUUACCCAGACAACAUAGAUGGCCUCGAGGGAUUGAGGAAUGUCUCAAUGAUUGAUACGUGUCGCAGGUUGAAAGCUAUGCCAUUGAUGCGCAGACUAGAUCAAAUAUAUCGAUUCAACUCAACUAUCCCACACGAUAAAAUCUGUGCAGUAUUGGGCUUAUCCAUCGAAUCCGCAACACCCGAGAGAUAUCCACGGUUACGCGUCGACUACGCCCGAGACUGGCAGGCUGUUUUUCGCGACGUUGUAAGACACUGCAUCGAGAUGUCCGGCUCCUGGGGACCCAAGUCGACACUGCAUAUCUUAAGUUACAUAAGUCAAGAGCGUGACGACGAUGAAAAUUUUGCCUGGGACAAGACAAAAUCCUCCUGGCCCAUCGUACAGCGCAUGUACCACUUUGCUUUCCAAACAACAUACGAUACCGAACCAUGUAUCGUUGAAUCACAAGAUGACCGCAUAAUUUCUUUGAAAGGCAUAUUCGUCGAUAUAAUCGCGAAGGUAUACAACCAUCUGAUAGACAUCCGUGAAGAUCACGAUCCAUUGUUUUCCUUGGAAGUUUUCCGCGCUGUCACCAAAACGUGGAGGGCUAUCCUUUGCGAUCCUCCAUGGAGGUUUCUUGGCGGCAAGCGGUAUCCUCUUCUGGGGGAAGUAUUCGCGAAAGCGAUUACGGAGGGUUCUAUUUGCCGCUCGCCUGGAACAGGGUCGCUUGGGCAGCAAUUUGCUGCGUAUUGGGAGGUGGGCCUUCAAUAUGCAAAAGAAAACGAACUGGGCAUACUUCCGAGGUUCAACACUUUCCUUGCUCCACUGAACACAGCAGUUGAAAAGUGGCCUUCUAAUGAGAGGAUUGACAAGGCCAUUUUCGUCACUGAAACAGGGUAUAUCGGCUGUGGACCGCCAAUUACACGAGUUGGAGACGACUUAUGCGUAAUCUACCGUGGAAAAACACCUUUCGUUGUACAGAAAGUAAAGAAAGGACCCGAAUGCCCUGCGUGGUUGAACAUCGAUCUAUGCCCUUCCACUAGUUCAGUCAAAAGAUUUCAAGGUCCUUCGAGGAGGUGGAAUCCGUUUCAUAACAAGAAGCCAGAACAGUUUACACUAGUACCUCUGGAAAGGCAUGCUCUUAUCCUGACCAAUCGCUAUCGUCUCGUUGGUGAGUGCUACGUUGAGGGAUUGCAAAAGGGAAAAGCACUAGACCUCCGCGACAAGGGCGAUCUCCAAGAGGAUAUAAUCUAUUUCGUUUAA